GACCCGGGCAAAGAGCAGCCAGCUUAGCAAUGCGCUGCGGCGAGGCCCUCGUAACUUUGAACAGCUUGGACAGCGCACUGUGGAUGGAACAAGUUGUACUGGCAGCUUCGGAAACCAUCGCUCUCCCUGUUCUGGGGAAAGGGAAGUGGGGGCGGGGGCAACAAAGCCGGGAGAAGGAGAGGGAGGGCUGCCCAGGUCGGCAUCCGGAGGGGAGUGCAUCUGGCUGGGCAAACUCGGGUGGGCAGGAGCCCUGAGCUUCGACAGCUCAGUGAUCCCCGGGCUGCAGCCUGUGCAGCCCAGGGAGGGGUCGGGGGGCUGCGGGAGGAAUCGGUCCCGCCAGCUUUCUGGCCGCUGGCGUCCAGCGCGGGCGAGGGGGUGGCGGAGGCUGCCCAGGCAGAGCGGGGCGCGCAGCCCCAGAAACUUCCACCUGCCCUGGACCGCCACUCAGCCAUGGGCUACCAGGGGCUGCAGCCCGUCAUCCUGCCGCAGGGAGAUGUAGAUGAUAGAGAAACCCUGGUUUCCAAUCAGGAGAACAAAGGCAAAACCUACCAGUCUGCUGCUGUUUUCAAUGUUGUCAACUCCAUUAUAGGAUCCGGUAUAAUAGGACUGCCUUAUUCAAUGAAGCAAGCUGGGUUUCCUUUGGGAAUACUGCUUUUAUUCUGGGUUUCAUAUGUUACAGACUUUUCCCUCGUUCUGUUGAUAAAAGGGGGCACCCUCUCUGGAACAGACAGCUACCAGUCUUUGGUUAACAAGACCUUUGGCUUUCCAGGAUAUCUCCUCCUCUCUGCCCUGCAGUUUAUGUAUCCUUUCAUUGCAAUGAUAAGCUACAACAUAAUAGCUGGAGAUACUUUGGGCAAAGUUUUUCAAAGAAUCCCAGGAGUUGAUCCUCAAAGCUGGUUUACUGGUCGCCACUUCAUUAUUACACUUUCCACAGUUAUGUUUAUUCUGCCUUUGUCCUUGUACCGAGAUAUAGCAAAACUUGGAAAGAUCUCCUUUAUUUCUACAGUUUUAACAACGUUGAUUGUUGGAAUAGUGAUGACAAGGGUCGUUUCAUUGGGUCCACACAUACCCAAAACAGAAGAUGCCUGGGUGUUUGCAAAGCCCAAUGCCAUUCAAGCCAUUGGGGUUAUGUCUUUUGCAUUUAUUUGCCAUCAUAACUGUUUCUUAGUCUAUGGUUCUUUGGAAGAACCCACAGUAGCUAAGUGGUCCCGCAUCAUCCAUGUGUCUGUCUUGGUUUCUGUAUUUAUCUGUAUGCUCUUUGCUACAUGUGGAUACUUGACAUUUACUGGCUUCACUCAAGGGUUUGCAAACCUAGUACCCUACUUGACCUUCAAACAACCCUCUGAAAGAGACUUAUUUGAAAAUUAUUGCAGAAGUGAUGACCUGGUAACAUUUGGAAGGUUUUGUUAUGGUGUCACUGUCAUUUUGACAUACCCAAUCGAAUGCUUUGUGACUAGAGAGGUAAUUGCCAAUGUGUUUUUUGGUGGGACUCUCUCAUCAGCUUUCCACAUUGCUGUAACAGUGGUCAUCAUUAUGGUAGCCAUGCUGGUGUCAUUGCUGAUUGACUGCCUUGGAAUCGUUUUAGAACUCAAUGGUGUGCUCUGUGCAGCUCCCCUAAUUUUUAUCAUUCCAUCAGCCUGUUAUCUGAAGCUGUCUGAAGAACCAAGGACACACUCCGAUAAGAUUAUGGCCUGUGUCAUGCUUCCCCUUGGUGCUGUGGUCAUGGUUUUCGGAUUCACAAUGGCUGUCACAAAUUCGCAAGACUGCACCCACGGGCAUGAAAUGUUCUACUGCUUUCCUGACAAUUUCUCCCUCACAAAUCUCUCAGAUUCUCAUUUGCAACUGACAACACAGCUUCCAGUUUUAAAUAUCAGUAUCUUUCAGUGAGUUGACUGCU